AUGCUGGGCCACGACAUGUCGAGCAUCAUCGGGGAGCAGGUCCGUGAGAAGCUCAUCAAGCCUUUCGUCGACAUCGAGGUGAAAGUGUGCGACCUCUCCAUAUGCAACCGGAACGAGACGGACAACAUGGCGACGCUGCGGCGCUUUAACUGCAGCAUGAAAAGCGCCACCAUUAAGGUAGAGCGCGACGUGAUGGAGAUGUACCAGCUGAAACGCAUGUGGCAGCCACCCAGCUCAGCGAUCCGCAACGCCCUGGCCGGCGCCCUCUUCCGCGAUCCCAUCGUCCGCGCCAACGUGCCGCCCCUGAUCAAGCAGUGGCGCAAGCCCAUCGUCGUCGAUCGCCACGCGUUCGGGGACCAGCACCUGGGCAGGGACUUGAUGGUACCGGGCCCGGUUUCGCUGGAUGUUCGCUACAAGUCCCCUAUUGGCUCGCCGUACAACAUGCAGCUGUACGACUUGAAGGACAUUGAGGGCGUGGUCGCGGUGAUGAGCAGCACGGACAAGUCCAUCAUGGAGUUCGCCCACGCAUGCUUCCAGUUCGCUCUCAGGCGCAACUUGCCGCUGUACCUGAGCACCAAGGAGACGAUCCUGAAGAGGUACGACGGCCGCUUCAAGGUCAUCUUCGAGCGCCUCUACGAGAAGCACGAGCCGAAGUUCAAGGACGUGCGCAUCUUCCAGCACAGCCUAAUGGAUGACAUGGUUGCCAGGUCUUUGGGAACGGAAGGAAGCUUCGUGUGUGCCUGCAAGAACAACGACGGCGACAUCCAGUCCGGCUUCGUGGCGCGGGGUUUCGGCUCGCUCGGCCUGAUCGACGCGCUCAUCUGCCCCGACGGCCGGACCAUACUGGCGGACGUCGCCCACGGCACCGUGACGAAGCACUUCCAUCGCUACGAGGCCGGUCGGGAGACGUCCACCAACUCGAUGGCCACCAUAUUCACCUGGACGAAAGAGAUACGACACAGGGUCAAGCUGGAUGGCGACACCAAGCUGGUCAACUUCGCCAGGACGCUCGAGAAGGUGGUCAUCCAGCUCUUCGAGUCGGGAUACAUCACCAAGGAAAUCGUGAUGUGCGUCAGAGGGCUCUGCAACGUGCGCAGGGAGGACUACCAGAACACGUUUCGAAUUCAUUGACAAGGUGGCCGAGCAGAUGACGGUGUAUACGCAGGUGUUCAUGGAAGAGGCCGCCUAAUCGCCGUGGUAGGUGUCCCUUGGCGCCACUGAGCUGCACGGCAGGUGCGGCUUAUCUACGGGUCGCCGUGUAUUUAUGUGGAAUCGUUUCGAUGUUUUUAGUGCUUUUAUUUUAUUUACUUCGGCGGAAAAUUUCACUUUCAGUAUGAGAAUAUCUUUUGUUUCGGUAGAUGGUGACCACGGGGCGCAGAGGGCGCCGAACGAUAUCUUAUUCGUUUGUUUGUUUGUUUCGGUAGAUGGUGGCCACGACAAGUACCAGGGGCUGAGCGAUUUUAAUAUUUUUGAUUCGAGAAA